AUGGAAAAUACCGGGAACAGACAAUGUGAGAUGAAAACUGAUCUGAAUUUACUUCUUGAAUGUCUUAAGUAUCAGAUGGACCAGCCUACUUCUCAAAAGGAAGCCUUGGUUACUGUUUAUUCAGUUUGCCACCAAAACAGUGGCGCAAGUGAUUAUUUUCGAGAAAUAGGUGGCCUGAUGUUUGUAAAUAACCUGGUAAAGUCAAGUGUGCACAGCAUAGUAAAGGAAGCUGCCUUAUUUACUUUAGGAGGUUUAGCCGAGACCAGUGUGUUCUGCCAGGAGAUUCUGUGUACUUCUAGAUUAUUUGAAGACCUCCAUACAUUUCUAACUCAGAAGAAUUCCAGUGUGAAUUUGAAAAGAAUGUCUGUUUAUGUCUUAUUAGUACUUGUUUCAAAUAACAAGAGCGGGCAAACAUACGUGAGAGAAUGUGGUUGCCUUGAUGUUCUGCUACAAUUAUUCAGAACCACUCUUUCAGUGUCUGAGGUGAACCUAUCAGAUAAUAAUAAUAACCUGUGCUAUCAACUGUGGUCUUCGGUUUGCAGUGCUCUCUGUGCAUGUGUCAAUAAUCCCCAGAAUGAAGACAAUCAGAAAAGCUGCAGUUUGGUUUUUCCGUAUGCAAAAGACUGCCUGCAACAUUGUACAAAACCUGAGGUAGUUCGCCCAAUUUGUUCAUUCAUUGGGCUCACUCUUGCCAGUAAUUCAAGAUUACAACAGUUUUUUGUUUCCAUUGGUGGAUUAGCUGUGCUGGAUGAACUUCUUGCCAAACUGAUAUGCAAUUCAUCAGGGAAUUCAAGCACAAAACUUGCAGUAGUUGUGACAAAGACCCUGGAUGCUUGUAUUGCUGAUAAUUAUGCAAUUGGAGCUACCUUGGCAAGAUAUAACAUUGUGCCGAAUCUACUGACAUUGCUUUCUUACAACAAGAUGAAUUCAGGAGAAAAAUUCAGUAUUAUACUUACCCUUGGACACUGUACAGAUGGUUGUGAGGAGAAUCAGUAUAUUCUGGUUAAGAAUAACGGCCUUCCGCUUAUGAUUCAGGCUCUAACCGAAUCACAGGAUGAAGAACUAAACAAGGCCGCAACCUUUGUGCUUCAAAACUGCAAACGUAUCACUGAGAAAUUGUCAGUGAAACUAAGUGAGUAUCCCUCAAACGUGGAGGAUGCAGGACAUUUGGAGGCAGACCUGCAGCGCAGAGAAGGGAUUAUUGAAGACUACAGAGAGAAAGCAAAACAAAUUUUAUAUCGCAUUGAACAGCUUGAAAAUGAAAAUCUAGAGUUCGGCGGGGGCCAGCAGGGACUGAGCAAGCGCGAAGGUCUGGGGUCCGCACAGGCUGAGGAAGGUGGAGCGUUUCUUCCCGACAUUGGUGAUGUCGUUGGCGUCGAGGUAGAAGGCCAGCCAGUUCGCGUAGCUCUCCCAGGCGCUAGGUUUGGAGGGGUCGAAUUCUUCCAGAGGCCCCCGGGACGCCAUCUCAGUGAAGUGUUGCGUCUCUGGUGUGUCAAAGUGAAGUCUGCAAGUGAACGUUUGUUCAAGCAACCAGAUUUUGUAAUGAAAAAUGCGACACGGCAAGUACCAAGAAUAGGUUGUAUAACAGGACGUUUGUUAAACAGCCGCAAUUUUUGCAAGAUUUUGCAGUCUUGUCAACAUCUGUGUGAGCAACACAAAGUUAUUCUACAAACUGAAAUGAAAUAUAAAAGCAAUCUAAAAAGAUCUAUUACCUCUCACAAGGAUUGUUCUACAGACUAUAAAGUAGAUCUUCAAGCAAAACAUGAUACGUUUGUGGAGAGACAAGCAAGCAAGCAAAAAUACAACCCUGAAAAUGCAAGUCUGGGUGAAAACCAUACAUUUUCAUUUGAUGAAGUUGAGGAUACUGAAAUUCGUUCAGCAGAUGUACCUGCACCAGCUUUUAAAAACAGCCAACGAAGAAUCAGGAAAGAUUUUACAUCAGAAGAAAUAAACUAUCUUUUGGAUGGCGUCAAAAGAAAGGGUCAUCACUGGAAUGCAAUUCUGUGGGCCUACCCAUUUCAGAAGGGACGGACAAACGUUGACCUUGCUAAGAAAUACAGCAAGUUACAGAGGAGUAAAAAGAAUAAAAACAUAUGACACCUUUAAACUACUUUGAUUU